AUGCGCACACGCGUACAGCUCAGUGUUCGCGAAAGGAAAAAAGGCGAGCAGAACAGCAUCGGUCUGCCUAUGGCCGAACAAGCCACGGCGCUGUGAAAUAUCAUAACAAAGAGAGAGUCUGACUGUAAAUAAUACAGGUGGGAGCGACCGAGCAGGGGAAGCGCCGCAUGGCUCUUCAUAUGAACGCUGUGGCUUGAAAUGAGAACAGUAUGUUUACAUGAGGGCUCUUGAGACAGAGCGCUGACCGUUGAAAGAUUCGCAGAGUCGGGUUGCGUUGAUCGGUGAAGACAUUGCCGAAGAUGCUGAAGAGAUUGGCCGCGCCGGCGUCAUGCAGCAGCUGCCUUCUUGCCUUCCUCCUCGCCUUCGUCUCGCCCAGGUGUACGCUGUCUAUCGGUGCCGACAAAACUAUGGUGAACAAGGAGGAUUAUUAUAGCGCCACGGUCAACGCCACCGUUCUGGACCAUAAAGGCAAUCGUCAACAGAUGGUGACGAAGAAUGACGGGCGCUACGGGCAGAAUUCCCCCAAAACAGAGGCGAAGGGGAUCGUGAUCGCACCUGCUGCUGUUAAUGGGGCAGUGGAUUUGCAAGGCUGCAGUCCACACACCCGGUUCAUAGUCCCUCCGAAAACCACACACUGGGUGGCCAUUAUGCAGAGAGGGAAGUGCACCUUCAAGGAGAAGAUCCUUAAUGCAGCUGCUUUCAAUGCCUCGGCUGUCAUUAUCUACAAUAACAGCACCAAAGAGGACACAGUCACGAUGGCUCAUGAAGGCACUGGAGACAUAGUGGCGGUAAUGAUCACAGAGUCCUUUGGAAAGGAGAUUCUGGGAUUCCUGGAGAAGAACCAGACUGUGUUGGUGUCCGUGAUGGUUGGGUCACGAGGACUGCCCAAGAACAUCAACCGCGGCUCCUUGGUCUUCGUCUCCAUCUCCUUUAUCGUGCUGAUGAUUAUCUCCUCUGCUUGGCUGAUCUUCUACUUCAUCCAGAAGAUCAGAGACACCAGCGCACGGGACCGCAGCCAGCGACGGCUGGGCGAUGCUGCCAAGAAGGCCAUUAGCAAGCUGACUACCAGGACAGUAAAAAGAGGGGACAAGGAAACAGAGCCAGAUUUUAAUCAUUGUGCAGUGUGCAUUGAAGGUUAUCAGCUCAACGAUGUGGUCCGGAUCCUACCCUGCAAGCACGUCUUCCAUAAAAUGUGUGUGGAUCCGUGGCUAAAUGAGCACUGCACCUGUCCGAUGUGUAAACUCAACAUCCUCAAAGCUCUGGGAAUUAUGGUGAGCUCACACACAUACACAGGAGUGUCAUGUGCUCUGAGUGUGCUACGUUCAGUUUCGCUCUCGUGUUUUAUCUGUCUUGUUUGCGAUCAUCGCUUGCCUAUGGUUUCCUCUACUGUUCCAUGGAUUAGAGAAGUAUACCUCUUUUCUUCACGCCUCCACCUGUCGCCAGUUUCCUCUUCUCUUCGGCUCUCUGUCGAGAUGAUACCCAGGCCCCGCCCUCAACAGAAAAUGACCCCUCCCCCUUUUACUCUGUUAACAGAAGAGUGGUUUAUUGUUGCCAGCUUCGGCGUCCUCUCUGCUCUCACACUUUGCUACAUGAUCAUCAGAGCCACUGCCAGCGCCCCCACCUAUGAACUGAAGUUGGAAUGAAGAUAUUUGUGGCGUCCUCAUUUCUAAAACAGAAAUGCAUCCUGAAAAAUAAAGUUGCCAAUUACACUUCAAAUCCGUUUCAGACACAUGCAUUUGUAGUGUUAUUAGAGUUAAAGGGGUCAUAUAAUGCUGCUAAAAAUAACAUUAUUUUGUGUAUUUGGUGUAAUGAAAU